AUGUCUGAUAAUUUAAGGAUUCUUAUGAUUUUUCCUUUUAUCUUAAAACGUUGUUUGACUAUCAAUAGUAUCAAGGAUAAUUUUUUAAAUUCUACACGUGAUAGGUUACGAUUUUCUCAUAGAUCAGAAGUACAUGAUUAUAUUAUUCAUACAUGGGUACUUUGUGCUAAGACAGCUAAAGAAGUGUUUUCUUUAACUAUACGACGAUCUAAUGGAUAUUCUUAUCUACGAACUAUUUUGAAUAAUGAACCUAAUGCUUUAAUUAAGAAUCUUCCUAAUCUACAUAUAAGUCGCCAUUUAGUAGAUCACGCACAUCAAUAUGCGACAUGCACAAAUACAGCAGUUGGCACCAAGGAAAUGCAAAUUAAUACAUUGCAAACUUUAAGGCAUCUUGUAGAUGGUGGAAUAGAUGAUCAAAUACCCCAUUAUUCAACACGAUCUAUUUUUAUGCCAUUGAUUAUUGCACCGCGACUUCAUCAUUUAUUAUCCGAUAAUUCAACCUCUAUUACCAAUUCUGAGCUAUUCAAUUGUUUGGAAAUAAAACUAGGGAUAAGAUGGAGUAGAAAUCAAGUAGAAGCAGCUGGAUUUAUAUCAACGAAUAUUGAAACUAACAGUUUAUUUGAGGAUAUAAUGAAGGCAUACUCAUCAUACUACUCGUUUGAGCAAGCUUUGUUGGAAACACGAGUUCACUUUUAUGAAAACGUGUCAUAUACAACUCUUAAACCUGCCGGCAAUUAUCAUAAUGUGAAACUAAAAGUUGGCGAAAUAGUUAAAGUUACACGAUUUGAAGAAAGCGAAAUGCAAUUUGGAAAAAUAAUGAAUCUUAAUGAACAGGAAUCUUUAUUAGAUUGUCCAGUAUAUCGUAUUCAACAUAAUUCUUUGGAUCGGGUUCAUCCAAUUUCUACAGUAUUACAUUCGUCAAAUGUUCCUUUUAUUCACUAUUGUAAUUCAAACUGUUCGUUUCAACAACAUGAUGUUACUAAUAAUAA